UCAAUAAUGACCUGACCUGUACCAACACUAAAAACACAUGUGGUGAUGGUGGUCUGCUAGGGGUCUAGUCCAAAAGAAAUUUAAAAAGUGAUAAUUAGCAACAUGUCAGGUUUCAUGCAUCAAAUCCCAUCAAAGAGGCCUACCAAUAUUCAGUUUCGUACCUACAGUACCAAUGAAAUACUUGGGUUGAGUGUUAAAGAAAUUGUGAACCCAAGGACAUUUGAUGACCUAGGUCAUGCAACUGCUGGUGGUCUUCAUGACCUUUCUCUAGGCCCUAGUAGUGAUAGAGAGUUAUGUGCAACAUGUUGCCUUGGUUACCUUCAUUGCCCAGGCCACAUGGGUCAUAUCAGUCUUCCACUACCAGUUUUUAAUCCACUGUUUUUUAAAACAAUUGUACAACUAUUGCGAGGAUCGUGCUUACAAUGCCAUCAUCUGCUAGCGAGUCGCUGGUCCCUGGUCCUGAUCACCUACCAGCUGGAUUGCCUUGAGAAAGGCUUCAUUCAUGCUGUUGAGGAAAUGCGCAACAUAGCCAACAACUUCGCAAUGGAUCACAGUGGCAAUGACCCUAGCACUGUACAACUUCUUGAGUCAAUGUUGAGGCAGCACAUGGAAGAACUGAAACAGAAAAAAGAAACAGAAAAUUGCUUUGAAUCAGUGAAUACAAAUCUGCGGAAUCUUGUAGCAAUACGGAAGAAUCUUCUGGACACAUUUAUUAAAGACCACAUUAGUUCACGCGGCCGAAAGUGCAAUCUCUGUGGCACAACAGUACGCCAGAUUCGACCAGAACACAAUGUGCGCAUCAUCACAAAGCAGCAGAGAUCUGAUAGUAGCAAGUUGGAACAAGUUUUCCUGUCCCCUUCUGAAGCCAGGGAUCAUCUCAGAAAAUUAUUGGCUUAUGAAGAAAAAGUUUUAAAAAGUUUAUUUGGUGUCCUGAAGAGUAAUAAUAAUGUAAAUGCAGACAAUGGUGAGAGUGCUGUGGACUUAUUUUUUCUUGAUGUCAUUCCAGUUGUACCAACAAAAUUCAGACCGAUAUCUUCUGCUGGGGAAAAGCGUUUUGAAAAUCCACAAACAGCUGGUCUGACUAAAGUAUUGAGGGAUAGUCAAACCCUAGCACAGCUGCUCUUCUUUAAUCAGAAUGAGCACAAUGAAGCCCUACUGAAGGACUUUGAUAAGAGCAUAUUGGCAUCUGUGCCUGGAAAGAGCAAUACAGAGAAACUACAGAAUGCUUGGAGUAUGCUGCAAACCAGAGUGAACUGUCUAGUUGAUAGCGAUAUGGAUAAACUAUCAACUGAUAAUUUACCAGGAGUUAAACAGAUCCUUGAGAAGAAAGAAGGACUAUUUCGCAAGCAUAUGAUGGGGAAGCGUGUCAACUAUGCCGCACGCUCUGUCAUCUCACCGGAUCCUUUCAUAAACUCUGAUGAAAUCGGCAUACCAGAUAUCAUUGCUAAGAAGUUAACAUAUCCGCAGCCUGUGACAGAAUGGAACGCUCAAGAGUUGCGUCGCGCCAUCAUGAAUGGACCCAACAAACAUCCAGGAGCAUUGUUGAUUGAAAAUGAAGAUGGUACUCAGAUGAAACUAAAAGCAGACAACAAGACUCAGCGAGAAGCCAUUGCAAAGCAGCUUCUUACACCACAAAAUCCGCGACAUGCAGUUACAGGACAGAAACGAGUUCAUAGACACAUCAAGAAUGGGGACGUGCUGCUGCUGAAUCGACAACCGACGUUGCAUAAGCCGAGUAUCAUGGCGCACAAGGUACGUAUAUUGCCACGGGAAAAGACAUUCCGACUUCAUUAUUCUGCAUGCAAGACUUACAAUGCUGAUUUUGAUGGCGACGAGAUGAAUGCGCAUUUUCCUCAAAAUGAGAUUGGACGUUCUGAGGCAUAUAACAUUGCUAUCACCAGUCAGCAGUACUUAGUUCCAAAGGAUGGCACGCCACUCGGUGGUCUCAUCCAAGAUCACAUGAUUGCAGGAGUAAAAAUGACUGUUAGAGGGCGCUUUUACACAAGAGACCAGUACCAGCAAUUGAUUUUCAAUGCCAUGACUGACAAGAGGGGUCAUGUGAAAUUGCUUCCACCAGCGAUCAUAAAACCAAAAGAACUUUGGUCUGGCAAACAAGUAUUCUCCACGCUCCUCCUCAAUGUCAUCCCUGAAGACAAGCCAUUGUUCAACUUUAUAGGGCGCUCUAAGAUUGCUAGUAAGACGUGGCAAAGGGAAGAUCCUCGUGUGCCGAGAGGAGGGGGAGGUACGCCACUGAAAGGGGAUAACAUGACAGAAUCUCAGGUUGUUUUCAGGCAGGGUGAGCUUCUGGUGGGUGUGUUAGACAAAGCAAACUAUGGUAGUACUCAAUACGGGCUCGUGCAUGCCUGCUACGAGUUGUAUGGUGGUCAGACGGCAGUUCUUAUUCUUAGCUGUCUUGGUCGCUUAUUUACUACAUUUCUACAGUACAUUGCUGGGUUCAGUCUAGGUGUUGAGGACAUUCUUGUAAAACCAAAGGCUGAUAAAAAAAGAAGGAAAUCGAUGAGAAAAGCUAAUAAAUCUGGUUUGGGAAUAAUGGCAAAAACUCUUCAAGUUGAUGACCCAAGUGAUGUUGAAGCCAUCAAUGACAAGUAUGAAACAGCCCACAGGUCAUCAGAUGGAUUACAAAUGGCAGAGAUUGAUAUGCAAAUGAAAACAAACACUGACACAUUCACAAAUGAAGUUUCCAAAAUCUGUUUGGGUCAAGGAUUAAUUAAGAGUUUCCCAGACAACAACUUACAACUGAUGGUGCAGUCUGGAGCAAAAGGUUCAAUGGUCAACUGUAUGCAGAUUUCUUGUAUGCUUGGGCAAAUUGAGCUAGAAGGAAGACGACCACCCCUCAUGCUAAGUGGAAGGUCACUGCCGUCAUUCCAACCCUAUGAAUCAUGUCCACGGUCUGGGGGAUAUGUAGAUGGUCGUUUUCUAACUGGCAUUCGGCCGCAGGAGUAUUUUUUCCAUUGCAUGGCUGGAAGAGAAGGUCUGGUGGAUACAGCCGUUAAAACCAGUCGUAGUGGAUAUCUACAGCGUUGCAUUAUAAAGCAUUUGGAGGGGCUGCUUGUGAAUUAUGACCUUACAGUAAGUCAUAAGUCAAUUUAUGUAAUCAUACUUGAUCAAUCGCUUACUUGCAAGAUAGGCAUCGUAGAAGAUAGGCAUUGUGACAAUGACGAGUUCAAUUUAAAUCAGGAAGCAAAUGACCAAUCAGAGACAAAUAGGAAGGAAGAUGGUGGAGAGAGCGAUGAAGAAGGAGAUGGUGAUGCAGCAGAUAGGAAGUACCAAGGACAGAGAGAUGAGGAGAAGGAAUAUGAUGAAGAGGAUGAAAAUGUUGACUCAGUGUUUUUUUUGCAGUCAAUUGGUGAACCUUCAACACAGAUGACAUUGAACACUUUCCAUUUUGCUGGUAGGGGUGAAAUGAAUGUUACUCUUGGUAUUCCAAGAUUAAGAGAGAUUUUGAUUGUAGCAAGUGCCAACAUCAAGACUCCCUCAAUGGAUGUUCCAUUCCACGGUCGGCGCUAUGCACACAAACGAGCAGCAAGACUACGCAAGAAGCUUAUGCGUGUUCACCUCUCUCAGGUCAUUGAAGAUGUUGAUAUUUAUGAAAGCUACAACAUUAGGAAUAAUUGGGACCAGAAUCGUAUUUACAAGGUUCGCUUUAAUUUUCUGCCCCAAAAGGAAUACGAGGAGGAUUGCUAUGCUACUCCUACAUCAGUGCUGCAUUUUUUUGAGAAGACAUUUGUGAAACAGCUGACAGAAACCCUUAAAAGGAAGUGUAAGGAGUUGAAAAGAACAAGAGAAGUUAACUUUAGAUCAGUGGGGUCAAAGUUUGCUAUGGAGGAUGCUGCUGUUGGAGAAGCAGGCAAUCAGAACAGCCAAUCAGAGGAGCCCACUGGAACAGGUGACAAUGACGAGUUCAAUUUAAAUCAGGAAGCAAAUGACCAAUCAGAGACAAAUAAGAAGGAAGAUGGUGGAGAGAGCGACGAAGAAGGAGAUGGUGAUGCAGCAGAUAGGAAGUACCAAGGACAGAGAGAUGAGGAGAAGGAAUAUGAUGAAGAGGAUGAAAAUGUUGACUCAGGUAACGAGGAUGCCUUUGUUGAUUCAGAGGUCAGCGAAAGGUCAGGUUCUGAUGAGACCGAUGAGUUUAUGAGUGAUACGGUGAUGAGGAAGAAAAUGCUGAAUUCCAACCGCAAAGUCACCACAGAAGAAAAGGAUGCAAGAAUUAAUGCUGUAUUGUGUACUUCGACACAGGUUUCCAACUAUAAGUUUGAUACUGUUGAUAGCUUAUGGUGUGAACUAGUACUACAGUUUGAGCUGCAAGACAGUAAAUUAGACCUUGGCACUAUCAUACUGACUGAAGCCCAGAAAGCAGUAGUGUACGAGACAGCUGGUAUAUCCCGAUGUUUUAUCCAAGACAGUGAUGGUGAAAAAAGACUGAAAACAGAAGGAGUUAAUUUUAGAGAGCUAUUCAAGUAUGAUAAGUUAUUGGAUCUGAAUAAACUCUACUCCAAUGAUAUCCAUGCCGUGGCCAGGACAUACGGUAUAGAAGCUGCAUGCAGAGUCAUUGUAAAGGAAAUGCGAGAUGUCUUUAAAGUGUAUGGUAUCACGGUUGACCCCCGCCAUCUUUCAUUGAUUGCUGAUUACAUGACAUUUGAGGGAGUCUACAAACCCUUUAAUAGGACUGGACUGGAGACUAAUGCAUCACCUCUACAAAAGAUGACAUUUGAGAGUACAAUGCAUUUCUUGAAAGAGGCUACAAUGCACGGAGUGUCUGAUCAGCUGAAGUCACCGUCUGCCAGACUUGUCGUUGGGAGAGUGGUAGCUGGCGGUACUGGCUGUUUUGACUUACUACAACAGUUGGUGUGAAAACAAUCAUUUUACAAAGAACAAAGCUUUCAGAAGUACAUUUUCUGUACUUAUUUAAAAUACAAAAAUCUUUAUAAAUCAAGAGGAAUAAAUUAUUCAUCAUAUUUUUUUAGGUGUGAUUAAAUUGGUGAGAUAUUUGCAAAUCGGUUGCAGAUGAAGGGUUUGAAUUCCAUCUGUAUAUUUUUUACAUUAUUUAUCUCUUCAAAAAGAAGUGCAAGAGUAAUGUAUUAUUAUUAUUGUCAUUAAUAUUAUAAAUAUAAUUAUAGAUGACUUUAUGAUUUAAUACUUCUAAGUUGAGGUAGAGUUUUGUAUCCCAUGAAAAAGGGCAAGAUGUCAAGAUAUAUCUGUUUAUGAAAUUAAUUAAAGAAAACACUUUAAACAUAAUUAUGAGGUGAAUUUCCUUUUUUUAAUUCAAUAGAAUGUACACUCCACACACCAGCAUGUGGGUAUGUAAUUAGUAUGUAGUACAGUAGCUGCCUACACAGUAUAAUAAAUGAUACAUUACAUAUGGUAGGUACUGUAAAUUCCAGCACCAGUGGGAAAGGGCCCAUUAAUCCCUGUGGAACAGGCCAAGGCCCCAUCUGCCACAAUUUGUCAAACCAAAAA